CGUCCCCGGAUUCUAGAUUCUUCCAUGUGGGCCCCCCGCGCGACCCCUAACUUUAUACUCCUCGUCCUCCCCCCACGCGGCCGCGUCCAGGUCAUCGUCGUCGCCUCGCCUCGCCUCGCCUUCCCCCGCGUGGCCUCGCCGUCGGAUCGAGCCACGCCGCCGCCGCCGCCGCGUCGCGGAUCCCCACGCUCGCCGAGAGGAGGAGGAGCUUCUUGCACUUUGAAGAAACAGCAAGAUGGCAGCCAAUGUUGGGGAAUCUACAAGCAGCGGCACCAAUGGCGAUGCAGCUGGGGGGAGCUUUGAAUGCAAUAUCUGCUUUGAAUUGCCACAAGAACCAAUAGUUACUCUCUGUGGCCACCUCUUCUGCUGGCCAUGUAUUUACAGGUGGUUGCACAUCCACGCACACUCUCCAGAGUGCCCGGUGUGCAAAGCUGUCGUUGAAGAGGAUAAGCUCGUUCCCCUUUAUGGGCGUGGCAAGGACCGCGUCGAUCCAAGGUCAAAGAACAUACCCGAGGCUGACAUUCCUAACCGCCCAACUGGCCAGAGGCCUGCCACAGCUCCACAGGCCGAUCCUAACAACAAUUUUGCCCAUGCCAAUCCUAAUGCUAAUGCCAAUCCAUGGUUCAUGGGCACUGGAGUACCAUUGGCUAAUGCACGGUGGGGGAAUUAUGCAUUCUCAGCUGCGUUUGGAGGCCUAUUCCCUAUGCUUAGCUUCCAAGUGCAUGGAUUUCCAGAUGCAAAUCCUUAUGCACAGCCUGCUGGGUUUCACUAUGGGUAUGGCCAUGGUCAUGGAUUCCAUGGCGGACAUAUGGGUCAUGCCGCCCACGGUGUCCCUCGACAAGGACCACUGGAGCAACCGCAGCAGGCAGACAUCUACCUGAAGGCCCUGCUAAUCAUGGUUGGAUUUCUUGUGGUUGCAAGCCUUCUUGCAUUUUAAGAUUGUUAACAGAUUCACCUGGUGAUAGAAGAUGGUAAAAGAAUUGCCAGCAUAUCCCUGUGGCGUUGUGGUGCGUGCAGUUUCUUCCUGCCAAAUGUGGCAUAAGUUAUUUUGCGUAUUUACAUGAAGUGUUCAUAGAAUAUUUGCAUGUAGAUGUAGGAUAAGCAUCUGGCUUUUUAUAGCCUCAUAUGUAGUACUAUAAUUAGGAGGAGCCAUUUUAUUUUCUUUUCUUUUUUUAGUUUUGACUGUUUUGAUGGAUAUGAUGUACAAUUAUUGGGAUGUUGUCUCCAUGUGUUGUAUACAUGUAAGAAUAGUUCUUCCCAAACUCUUGCUUGCAAUUUGCACCAAUUUCCAGUUUAUAUACAUUGAUGCUUGACAGUCAGUGUGCUGAUA